UUUGCUAGCUUAUCCCGCCAAGGGUGCUAUUAUGUUCGCCCUUACUGUGUCGCAAGAACAGAUUCAUCGCCAUUAUAAUAAUCUCCCCCACAGGCCUCAUGAAUCACGUUUUCCGUGUUGUUUUAUUCAACCAUUAGAGGCUCUGUAUACUCAUUGUACCACUUCCUUCUUCACGUGGAUCUACAAUUUCCAUAGUUCACACUAAAGCUCUAUAAUAUAAACCAUCUCCACUGACUAGAGAAAUGGUCACUGCUGUGGCCGUGCGUGCCACGUUGUAGCAACAAGACAGGACGAUCUUUUUCUUUUCUCCUUUUCGCUUUACUUGAUUGGCGUAGCGUACUGAUUAUGCACGGCCAAACAAAUAUCUACUAUUCGGGAACCAACAUGUCAAGAGUUUCGUAUAAGUAGACAGUCAAAUCAUGUCCAACACCCGAUGGCAAGAAGAUGAAUCUUUGGAUACGCUAAGCAGACAAAACGACUCCAAAGAACUCUACAACCCCACCGCCAGUACCAGUACUCUGGUCGAAUCCAAGAUGGACAUAAAAGCUACCGAGAUGGUGCUUUCGAGCAGCUCUUCGGUCGAUUCAAGUUCUGAGGAGAAGACGGCACUACCCCAGAAGAAAGGAAUUGGAUCCACGAGAUGGCUCCGCCAUAAAGCUUUCAUUCUUUACCGCAAGUUCUUUUCAGUCAUCGUCCUCAUCAACGUGGCUCUAGCGUGCUAUAUUCUGUGGGCCUGGCAGCGAUACUCACAGAACCGCUUUGUUAUAGCUAACAUUGCGACGGCGGCGGCAUCCAAUCUUACUGCUACAGUUCUUGUACGGUCCGAACCCGUUAUUAACGCCAUCUUCGCUGUCUUCUGCUCUGUUCCUACUUCGUGGCCCCUUGCCAUCCGCCGCCGCUGUGCACGAGUGUUCCACAUUGGCGGCAUCCACAGCGGGUGCGCCAUCGCAACUAUGCUAUGGUUCACUGUCUUCACUGUUAUCGUCAGCCUGGAACUUACCAAGCCCUCAGAUGUUCGCGCCAACCUGGAACUUAAUAACUCCUCGGAUGUCCGCGCUAUUUCCCUGGCCACAGCUGUCCUCACGUACUUCAUCUGGCCCAUCCUCUUCACUAUCUGUGCAACCUCGCACCCUCAAUUCCGCCAUAAGCAUCACGACAUCUGGGAAAUGACGCACCGCUUUGGCGGAUGGACCGCGUUAGCUCUCCUCUGGGCGCAAUCCUUUGUAGCAGCCAAAGACCUCGCCUUGGAGACCCCCCUGCAUCUAGCCUUUGCCCAGUCUCCCUCCAUCUGGCUUCUCUCCAUCACUACUGCUGCCAUCAUUUUUCCCUGGCUGCACCUGCGCAGAGUCCCUGUUCUCCGCUCUGAAUUUCUCUCCUCCCACGCUGUCCGCUUAUGGUUUGACUACACUACCCCCGUAGUUGGCACCACUGUCCGCCUUGCCUUCCAGCCUCUUCGCGAUUGGCAUGGAUUCGCAACCAUCACAAACGCAAAUAACCAGUCUGGCUACUCCCUUAUCGUUAGCAAUGUCGGCGACUUUACGAAACGCGCUAUCCAUACUGGCCCAGAAUACAUUUACAUCCGUGGUAUCCCCACCUGUGGGGUCCUCUGUAUUACACCCCUUUUUAAAUCCGUUGUUCUGGUUGCUACUGGAUCUGGUAUUGGUCCUUGCCUUGCUAUUAUCCUUGCAAAAAGGGUCCCUUAUCGAAUCAUGUGGGUAGCUCCUAAUCCAGAAGUUACCUUUGGAAAAGAACUCGUAAAGAGUGUUCUUGACCAUGAUCCCCAUGCUAUCAUCCAUAACACCCGUACACAAGGCAAGCCUGAUAUGUCACUUAUGGCUUGGAAACUAUACAAGGAAUCUGGUGCUGAAGCCGUCUGCGUUAUUAGCAAUAAGAUGCUCACUCAGCAGGUUGUAUACGGGUUAGAGAGUCGCGGGAUUCCGGCUUAUGGUGCCAUUUUCGAUUCAUAG